CCCCCACCCCCCAGUGUCGGGUUUCUCCAGCGCACCCUCAUUUAAAUCCGCCGGGGGAAGCGGGCAGCUUUAUUAGACUCGCACGUCGCGUCGCUCCUCCUGCGCCGCCUUUGUGCCAUUUUCUCCGGGGACGCUGUAACCAGACGCUACCGGUUCCUCCUCGGUGCGCCGUUAACGCCGCGCACGGCGGACAGUACAGCGAGGCCGGCUCGCUGCGCGCCCGCUCGGAUUCCUCCACAGCCGCCUCGGGCUCCCACGACCUGCCAUGGUCGUUGUCACCGCACACGAAUAGCGUUUGCGGUCGGUUGUUUUGCGUUGGGUUGUUGAUGUGGCUUAAACUCGGCCGAACGCGUCUUGUUUCUCGCUCGGCCUUCAAGCCCCGUCAGUGGAGAAUGUCAGUGUUUUGAACCUGAAAUCGGCUCCACGCCUCGCCAUUCAGCCCGUUCACCCUCCCUCUCUGCCUGCUCGCAAAGGGGGCAACACCAACACAACCCAGCACCGGCUAUAAGGUGGUCUGCUCUCGACCUGCGUCAUGUUCAGCUGGCUGGGUACCGACGACAGGAGGAAAAGGGAUCCUGAGGUGUUCCAGACCGUCAGCGAGGGACUCAAGAAGCUGUACAAAACCAAGCUGCUACCUCUGGAAGAGCACUACAAAUUCCACGAGUUCCACUCUCCAGCUCUGGAAGAUGCCGACUUCGACAAUAAGCCCAUGGUUCUCCUGGUGGGCCAGUACUCCACCGGCAAAACCAGCUUCAUACGAUACCUCCUGGAGCAGGACUUCCCUGGCAUGAGAAUCGGUCCAGAGCCCACCACGGACUCCUUCAUAGCCGUGAUGCAUGGAGACAUAGAGGGGCUCAUACCAGGGAACGCUCUGGUGGUAGAUCCUAAGAAGCCUUUUCGGAAGCUCAACGCAUUCGGCAAUGCUUUCCUUAACAGGUUUGUGUGUGCUCAGCUGCCCAACCCUGUUCUGGAGAGCAUCAGUGUGAUUGACACCCCAGGGAUCCUGUCUGGAGAGAAACAGAGGAUCAGCAGAGGCUAUGACUUUGCAGCAGUGCUGGAGUGGUUCGCAGAGCGCGUCGAUCGGAUCAUCCUCCUUUUUGAUGCCCACAAGCUGGACAUCUCAGACGAGUUCUCUGAGGUGAUCAAGGCCCUGAAGAACCAUGAGGACAAGAUCCGCGUGGUGCUCAACAAGGCUGACCAGAUCGAAACACAGCAGUUGAUGCGAGUCUACGGUGCCCUCAUGUGGUCGCUGGGCAAGAUCGUUAACACGCCUGAGGUGAUCCGGGUCUACAUUGGUUCCUUCUGGUCACACCCGCUGCUGAUCCCUGACAACCGCAAGCUGUUCGAAGCUGAGGAGCAGGACCUUUUCAAGGAUAUCCAGUCACUGCCACGCAACGCCGCACUCCGCAAGCUCAAUGACCUCAUCAAGAGGGCCCGGCUUGCCAAGGUACAUGCUUACAUCAUCAGUUCCUUGAAGAAGGAGAUGCCCUCAGUCUUUGGGAAGGAGAACAAGAAGAAAGAACUGAUUAACAGUCUGGGCGAGAUCUACAGCCGCAUCGAGAGGGAACAUCAGAUUUCUCCUGGAGAUUUCCCCAACCUCAAAAAAAUGCAGGAGCAGCUCCAGGCUCACGACCUGAACAAAUUCCAGCCCCUGAAGAUGAAGCUGCUGGACACCGUGGAUGACAUGCUGGCCCAUGACAUCGCCCAGCUGAUGGUGCUGGUGCGGCAGGAGGAGACACAGAGGCCCAACCAGGUGGUGAAGGGCGGAGCCUUUGAGGGCACCAUGAACGGGCCGUUCGGCCACGGCUACGGCGAAGGCGCAGGUGAGGGCAUUGACGAGGUGGAAUGGGUGGUGGCCCGCGACAAGCCCAUGUACGAUGAGAUAUUCUACACCCUCUCACCUGUCAAUGGCAAGGUGACCGGCGCCAACGCCAAGAAGGAAAUGGUCAAGUCCAAGCUUCCCAACACUGUACUAGGCAAAAUCUGGAAACUGGCUGACAUCGACAAGGACGGCAUGCUGGACGAUGAAGAGUUCGCCCUGGCCAACCACCUCAUUAAGGUCAAACUAGAAGGGCACGAGCUUCCUAGUGAGCUUCCGGGCCAUCUGGUGCCACCAACCAAGAGAAAAAUACCAGAAUAAUGUGGGGCAGGAUGUAGGCGGUUGGGAGCUGGGUCACAUUUAGGGAAAGUGGCUGUUAGGAAUUUACAUUUUGGAAAUCGUAUGGAGAAAUAAAGACACGAUUACAGCAAUGAAAUGCAUCAACUGAUGAAUUCUGAGGCUAUGUCUAGGACAAGGAGUGGAUUGCAACAUGUAUGCUAGCUCUUUUGGCAUGUGUAUGGUUUUGUUUUAGUUUGUUUUUGCUUUUUUUAACAAAAUAUCAUGCUCACUACAAAGUUUGGUAAGGAUUCUGAUCUUUCGAGUGAUUCUGGACUGACAUGUUCAUGCCAUAAUGUCAGACUUUUCAGAUACUCCUCUUUUCUGUUAAGUUACCAUAGUUAAAGAUUUAAGACAAGCUGAAGCCUUAGACCUGUUUUAAAUGUGAAUUUUUCUUUCAUGCCAUUCAAUCAUAUAUGCAUCUAUGUCAGUAGAGUUGCAGCAUGUACAAAAAAAAAAAAGAGGAAUGUCAACCUCUUAAGUCUUAAUUAUUCUUUUAUCGAUAGUUAUCCUCAGAAAAAUGACACAACUUUAACAAUGAAGAAAAAAAGCUUUUAUAAGUAGGUGUAGAACUUAUCAUCUUGUGAAGGCAGCAUUGUAAUGAAUGCAAGCCCUUUCUAGCCUGACCAAGAGACUGUUAAUGAUGUAUAGCCGUCAUGUCAGAGAGUUGGUAGACUUCUCUGUGUUUAGUGUAUGGAUGGACCUGUAGAGAUAGUAUCCUUGUCAAUAGUCUACUGUUUAAUGUUAAUCCCAAUAUAAAGUUUUUUUGGGGGUAUUUAGAAUACUUACUAAAUUCCAGCCAGGUUUAAAAAGGCAGCACUGACACAUUACAUUUCACUAACUUAAUGCUUUUAUUAUUGGAACUGUCCUGCUUUUGUCCAUGCUCACUUUUUUGCACAGUUAAAUUAAUCAAUGAAUCAUUAGUCUUUGAGGCCAGAUGUGGUACACGUCUGGGGACAGCUUGUUAAACUUCUGGUGCUGGAUUGCAGCAAAAUCCACCUUAAAAAGUGUGCAUGUGCACUCAAAUCUGCGCCCGAAGUCCUUGUCUGUUUAUUUUUAAUGUACAAUUGAUAACAUAAGCAAAACAUGCUCUCUGCACACACAGCACCCACAUACAUGCCUAACUGGAGGUUUUUAGGGGGGGUUACAUCCACGGAUUAAUGACAGGCCUGAUGUCAGUCUGACAGUGUUGACGAGCGCAGCCUCUCCCUAAUCUUUGAGCUCUGCCUUAAUAAGCCAUUGCAUUGGUUUAGAAAUUUCACACUGAGUGUGUUCCCAUUCUAAUCACAUCAGGCCCUACAAGACUGAUUAAUCACAUUUUGCCGGCACACUAGCUUAGAAAUAUCCCUGCAGUUUAAGUAACACCGACAAUUGUUCCAUCAGUUUCAUACCUACUACAGCAGUGUAUAGUAUAAAUAUGUAUUUUUGAUCGAUAUCAUUGUUUUGCAGUUUGGUUUCCUUAAACUGUUAAGCUUUUCAAACUACAGGCCAAUUUCCAGUCUGUGGUCUUUCGCAAGAACCGGCAGGAUUUGUGUUUUGGACUUUGCAAACAGCUGAAGUGAUGGGGCCUUUUUCGUUUUUGUGCACUGAGGCUUGCAGCAUGGGCUCCAGCUGCUGAUGUGAAAGCACCAAGACACUGACAGGAGGGUCAGUGGAACGUCUGACCCUCUGAACUGCAUUUACUCGGACAAGUCAGAGAUAUUUGUAAAUAUAAUCAAAGGUAAAUAUGUAUUCUUGCCGGUGAUCCCUGCCACAAGCCUAUAAGAGAGUUAUAAUGAUCAAAACAGUGCGACUGUUUCAGUUUCUGGUGUUUCUCUUCGUUUUUUUUGUGCUUUACCACCCUCACAGUCAUCCAUGUUAAAAUGUUUUAUAAAUUCCUCAGUACACUGAUGUGUUCUCACCCAGAGAGCCAACUAUGUGAACAAAAAGGCUCAAAAAAUACUGAUUUCAUGCUCUUCGUUCAAGCCUUCAAGCCAUUGUUCAUAGUGAGUGAGUGAGUGAGUGAGUGAGUGAGUGAGUGAGUGAGUGAGUGAGUGCGUUGCAUAUGUAUGUGUGGCCCUGGCCUGCGCGUGAGUGAGGAUAUAUAUAUAUAUGUAUAUGUUUACAGACAUAUUAUGAAGUGUUUCUUUAUUCAUGGUUGUUGUGUAGACAAAAACAUGAUCUACCAACAGAUGUUCCUUUUGUGUUUUACCAAUGCUGAAUAUCUAAGUGAUGAAACAUUGUACUGUCAUGGGGAGGUUGGCCUCAAACAGCUAUAAUAAAAACGUAACCCAUUUAAAGAGC